AUGAUCCUGAGGGCACGGCUGGAGCGGCUCAGUUUCAGCCCCUCGGGUGUAAGCAUGACUGCGCAGCUUUAUAUAGCUCUGCGGGCCCUAUAUAAGCAGGAGGUGCCCUGGCCAGCGGGAGCACGGAGAGCACUGAGGUGGCUGCGCUGGAGGUUAUCAUCAGCCAGAAGAGCCUGCACGCCACUCUGGUCUGGGCACCUUCCUCCCCCAAGCAGUAGGGUCCCCACAGGGGUGGCCCACACCAUAGCUGCCAGGAUGCCCAGCAGAACAGCCCGCUAUGCCCGCUACAGCCCGAGGCAGCGGCGCCGGAGGCUACUGGCUGAUCGCAGUGUGCGCUUCCCUAACGAUGUCCUGUUCUUGGACCACAUCCGCCAAGGCGACCUGGAGCAGGUGGGGCGCUUCAUCCGGGCUCGGAAAGUCUCCCUGGACACCAUCCACCCCUCAGGUCUGGCUGCCCUUCACGAAGCAGUGCUUUCUGGAAACCUGGAGUGCGUGAAGCUGCUAGUCAAAUACGGCGCGGACAUUCAUCAGCGAGAUGAGACAGGCUGGACACCCCUGCACAUCGCUUGCAGCGAUGGGUACCCUGACAUAGCCAGGUACCUCAUUUCCCUGGGGGCAGACAGAGAAGCAGCCAACGACGAUGGUGAUCUGCCCUCGGACCUCAUUGACCCUGACUUCAAGGACUUGGUGGAGUUAUUCAAAGGGACUAAGAUGGACUGA